GCAGGCGGCGGUCAGUAUGGCUCCAGCUGUGAUAGGGAGAGGACGUGCCGCCGCUGCUUCUGGCCCCUUCCCUCGUGACGCGGUGACAAAACGUGUUGGUGCCUGUUUGGUGCCUCUGUGGUGCUCCUGUGUAGUGUACCUGUGGUGGAAAGUACCGUACAUGACCUCUAUUGGUGUACAUGUGUGCGUGUGUACUCGUGAACGUGUAAAUUCCAGUGUUUUUUUGCAAUUUCUCAUGUGCGUGUGUGUGAUUUCGUGUGUACAUGUCAGAACAUACAUACAUACACUCCCCUUACCCCCCCCCUACCUGUGAUGCUGUGUGCGUGUGCGUGUGCGUGUGCGUCGCGGGGGGGGUGGGGGUGUCAGGUGUACACAUACAUACACACACACACACACACAUACAAACACACGUCUUUGAAGGAAUCGUGUGUACCAUGGAUUAUCUCCUCUUCCUCUUCCUCUUCCUCUUGGUGACGUCACGCUCACACAGACCGAGAGGAAGGAUAAAAAAAAUCGAGACAUGGAAAGAACGAUCUUGGACGAAAGGGAAAAAUCAGCUCUAUGAGAGAUUCCAGUUUCACUCCAGAUGUGACAUUGCACGACGCGGUGACGAUGAACGCUUCCCGCGGCGCCACCAGGCCUACCCAAGCUACCCAGGGGCACAGCAGACUGGCCGCCGCCGCCCGCCGCAGCCCUACCGCCGCACGCCCACCUCUGCCUGCCUGAACUGACAUCGCCGCCCGCGGUAGCCCACGGGUGAGCCUGACCAGCCGCUCAUCACCCACCACAGGCCGCCCAUCACACAGCUGCGGGCGUGGACACCGUCUGGCCGCGGCGCUGCAGGAGGCGGUGCCGGAGUGCCGCGCCCCCAGACCCCGGCCAUCUUAGGCCUGUCCUCGCCGCCUCUACCGCCACCACCGCCACAGCCGCCCCAGCCGACGCAAGCCCCUCCGCCCGCCGCCCACAGGGGAGCAUGU